UCAUUGUAUACAAUCAUGUCUAAUCCAAUACAACAAUAUCAACAACAGGGAUAUCCAACACAACAACAAGGAUAUCCAACAUCGACACCAUUGCCACAACAACAACAACAACAACCUCAAUAUUAUUAUAAUCAACAACAGAAUCAAUAUCAACAAGUACCACCUUCAACAUCUACAAUGACCUAUCAGACACCUCCACCUCAAACGUCAGGUGUGGCAGGAGUAGUACCACAACAACAACAGGUCUAUCCUCCUAAUCCCAAUGUAUACAGCGCAUCUCCAGCACCUCAACCUUUUCCAACCAGUGAGCAAACAAACAACAACAAUCCCUACAACCCUACUCAACAUCAACAACAACCUCCCUCAACAACAGCCUAUUCACCCUUUACUCAGCAGCCUGUCCAGGGCAUGCCCUACGUAGGGCAGCCACAAACACAACCGCAACCACAACAACAGUACUACUCUCCUCAGCCACAGCCAACAGGACAACAUUAUCCAUACCAGCAACAGUAUCCCCAACAACCACAACAACCACAACAACAGACAUAUCAACAACAGAUGCCAAACAUGCAAGGCCUGUCACUGGGACCAUCACUACCAAACCCAGUGAUACCAUCUAAUAUGAUGCAACCACAGGCGACACAACCAAAGGGAGGCGACAACAGGAUCAACGCAUCACAGGUACCCAACCCCGCGACCAUCCUCGAUCACGGUCGUUCUUACGUGUACAACACCAGCUCGAUAGAUACACCACCACCUUCGUCCAUUCAGCAGGAAGUUGUCGACCAGCUGUGCUCUGGUCCACUAUUCAUGCGUUCGACCAUCUACACGCUGCCACCCACCGAUGAGAUACUCAACAGCUCGCACCUGCCCUUUGCCAUUCACACCACACCAUUGGCGCACAACAAUGUGCCCAUCAUCGAUCAUGGCGCUCAAGGACCCGUUCGCUGCACUCGCUGUCUCGGCUACAUGAACCCCAACAACACCUUUAUCAAUGGAGGCAAGUUCUAUGUCUGCAAGCUCUGUGACUAUGAGAAUGAUGUCCCCCAACAUUACUUUAGCGCUACAUUGGCCAAUGGCCAUCGCACUGACUUUGAGCAGAGACCAGAGCUGCAGCGAGGUUCGUACGAGUUCAUUGCCAAGCAGACGAACGAGACACCAGUGAUACCGGCAUACAUCUUUGUGAUUGAAGUGUCGGCCAACACUGUGACGUCUGGCGUGCUGACAACGGCGAUCGAGGCCAUCAGGACAGUUUUGAACGAGCGCAGCGAUAUGACACCUCGCAGGAUUGGCAUCAUCACGUUUGACACAGAGGUGCACUUCUGGAGCUUCAAGAAGACUUACAACAUGCCUCAGAUGAAGGUCGUUGCCAAGGGCAGCGUCUUUGUCCCCGGACAGCAGGACGCCUUCCUAGUGGACUACACCGAGUCAAAGCAUUUGGUCGACUACUUCUUUGACAACAUUGCCAACUUCUUCCGCCAUCCACACGACAUCCAGCGCGAAUUUGCCUUUGGCGCCGCCGUGCAGACGGCCGCGAUGUCACUGGAGAAGUGCGGCGGACGUCUGUUUGUGCUGACCACCAACCUACCCAAGGGCAGUCCCGGUGCCAUUCCUAAGCGCGAGCAGAGCAAGGAGAAGACAAUGGUGCCCUCGCCCGCCUACAACAGCUUCUACAAGUUGGUUUCGCAGCAUUGUGCGACGUCCAACGUCAUGGUAGAUCUAUUCAUCAUCCCCGGCGAACUGGUCGAUCUGACCACGACCGGCUACCUGGCCACAUCGACAGGCGGCCACAUCCACUACUACCCACACUUCAAUCCAGACACGGCCGACCAGCUUCACAGCGACUUGGUACACGCGGCUACCCAGCCAUACGGCUUCAAGGUCGCUAUCAAGAUCCGUUGUUCACGUGGCCUGACUGUGAGCAACAACUAUGGCAACAUUGUCGAGGAGAAUGGCGAGAUACACAUUGCAGGAAUCACCAACGACAAGUGCAUAACUUCACUGAUCAAGUACGACGACAAGCUCAAGCCCAAGACAAAGGCUUACAUCCAGUUCGCCAUGAUGUACACGACAAUCAAGGGCGAGAACCGCAUCCGUGUACACAACCUGCGCUUCAACGUCGCAGACACGGUCGUCUCGUUGUUCAAGGACGCUGACAUCGACUCGAUCAUGACCGUGCUUGGACGUUAUGCCUGUCGCGACAUCAUCACAACACCGCCCAGCCAGGUGCGUACCAACACCGUGGACAAUGGCAUUGAACUGCUCGCGGCAUACCGCAAGAACUGCGCCGCCGACAAGGCGCACACACAGCUCAUCUUGCCAGAAUGCUUCAAGCUACUGCCCAUCUACACGCUGUCCAUGAUGAAAACGCCCGCCUUCCAGAUAAACUCCAACGUCUCGCCAGACAACAGGUUCUACGUGAUGAACCUCCUGGCCUCGUUGCCCCCACAGCGCAUCAUUCCCCUCAUACAUCCGCGCGUCUAUCCCAUUCACAAUCUGCAGGCCAACCACGGCACUCUGCACCCCGAGCACAAAUCCAUCAUGCUGCCCGCAUUCGUGCGUCUCUCAUUGGAGAGUGUGACGCAGGAUGGCGUGUAUCUCUUUGAGAACGGCAUCAACAUCUACCUCUGGGUCCAGCAGUUUGCCUCACAGAAUGUCUUGCAAGACCUAUUCGCCGUGGACUCUGUCGUGGGCCACAACGCAUCAAAGCUGACCAAGUUCUUCCAAUCAUUGAAUGGCGCCAACCAGUAUCAUCAGCGAGUGGAGAACAUCAUUGGUGAGAUCAUUCGACUGCGAGACAUGGAUCCAGCCAAGCAGGUGCAGCUGGUAGUUCAGAACGACUACCUGGACUCGUACCUCCGCCAGCACAUGUACGAAGACAAAGGACUGGACUCAAUCUCAUACAUCGACUUCUUGUGUCAGAUCCACAAACAGAUACAGAACAAGCUUUCGUAA